UGAAAAAUAACCUAUUUUUUGCAGAGUGUUGGAUUGAUGUUGAAUUUAUCAAUUAUAUGAUAAAUUUUAUUACAUUUUGAAUAUGAAUUUGAAAAUUGUAGAAACUUCUGAACCAGUAUGCAAGGAUAUUAUUGACGAUAUUGAAGACCUAAUAUCUUCACAAGAUAUAACCCCCAAGGAAAGAUAUAGUAGCAGAAAAAAUAUAAAAGUUAAGGCUAGGAAAAGAUAUGGUGACAAUAAUGAUGUACCUAUUCCAGUGGGAGUAAAUAUACCUGGAACACAAACAAUUUACGUUAAAACUUGGGGGUGUGCUCACAAUAGUUCAGAUUCUGAGUAUAUGGCUGGACAGCUGGCUGCUUAUGGAUAUAAGCUUACCGAAAACAAAAAUGAAGCAGAUCUUUGGCUACUUAAUAGUUGUACAGUUAAAAGUCCUGCUGAGGAUCAUUUUAGGAAUGAAAUUGAGUCUGCACAAAAUCUAGGAAAAUACAUUGUAGUGGCGGGUUGUGUUCCUCAAGGGGCACCUAAGUCGUCAUUUAUACAGGGAUUGAGCAUUAUUGGAGUACAACAGAUCGACAGGGUGGUUGAAGUGGUCGAAGAAACUUUGAAAGGUAACACUGUAAAGCUAUUGGGCACAAAAAAGGAAAAUGGAAAAAAAGUCGGGGGAGCUUCAUUGUUAUUACCGAAAGUAAGGAGAAAUCCCUUGAUUGAAAUCAUUGCCAUAAACACAGGAUGUUUAAAUCAGUGUACUUAUUGCAAAACUAAACAUGCUAGAGGAGACUUAGGUAGCUAUCCACCCGAGGAUAUUGUUGCUCGUGCUGUACAAGCUUUCGAUGAGGGGGUUGUUGAGAUAUGGCUGACAUCGGAGGACACAGGAACUUAUGGAAGAGAUAUAGGAUCUUCAUUACCAGAGUUGUUGUGGCAAUUAGUUGAAGUAAUCCCAAAGGGGUGUCGUCUACGUUUAGGUAUGACAAAUCCUCCAUAUAUUCUUGAACAUCUCGAAGAAAUAUCAAAAAUUAUGUGUCACCCUCGAGUUUAUAGUUUUCUUCAUGUUCCUGUUCAAUCGGGAAGUGACCAGGUACUGGCAGAUAUGAAAAGGGAGUAUUGUAGAAGUGACUUUGAACAUGUUGUAGAUUUUCUUCGGACAAGGAUAUCUGGCAUGACCAUCGCAACAGAUAUUAUAUGCGGAUUCCCAACAGAGACAGAAAAAGACUUUGAAGAAACACUGUCUUUGUGCAAAAAGUAUAAAUUUCCUAGUUUAUUCAUAAACCAAUUUUUUCCGAGGCCUGGAACACCAGCAGCCCUGCUACCAAGGAUCCCCACACAAGAAGUCAAACAAAGGACCAAAAAGUUAACCGAACUCUUUUAUACCUACCAACCGUACGAUCACAAAAUUGGCGAAGUACAAGAAGUUUUAGUAACGGAAGUGUCGCAUGAUAAGAAACAUUACGUUGGCCAUAAUGAAUUUUAUGAGCAAGUGUUAAUUCCAAUGAAGAAGGAGUAUUUAGGAAAACUGGUUAAAGUAAAAAUUAUGUCUUCUACCAAAUUUUCGAUGCUGGGGCAGCCGUUAGACGAAAUUAUAAUGCCAGGUUUAGCGGAACCUCUUGAACGAGGGGAAAUAUCGGGUGUAAAAAGGGCUGAUUAUGGGGACAUGAUGAAGAUCGUUCCUCUCGUAUUUUUAUUUAUAUCUAUUGUAUUAAGAAUUUUAUGGAAUUUCAUAUGAAUAUAUUUAUUGUUUAUUUUGUAGUAAAAUACAAUAUCGAAUAAGAAAAAAAACGUACCAUUUAUGUCCAAAAGGUUCACCUCUUUUUAUGUAGUAUGUAACUUAGGGACGAUUCCAGAAGUUCUCAAUAAGUUUUAAAAAUUUCGAUUAUUAAAAAUGCUAUUAUUAGUGGAUUAAAAACUUGAAAUUUGUAAACAUCUUGAAUAAGGACACUUCUUGUAAAAUUGUUGGUACUGGUUUAUUGUAGAAUAGCAUUUAGUAUUUUUCAACAAAACACUACACAUUUUUUCUAUGGAAACGCCUCAUUUUCAUUUAAAAAAAAUUGAACAAGGGGAAAAUAAAUAAUACAACAAUGCUUGACUUUGGCAGGUAAAAAAAUUAUAUUUUAAUAUAAACUACAUACAACCUAAUAAAUACCAAGCAAAACUAGAUGGCCAUGGCAUGACACUAGCUAGAAGACAGAGCAUGUAAAAAUUACAAUUUUUAAGCUAUGAAAAUUCAUAUAAUUUUUUUUUGUUGAAAAUAUUGUAUUCAUGCAGUUUCAUUUACUGACCUAUACAGGGUGGCAUAAAAGUAUGGGAACCACAAAAAAUCUCGCGAGAUAUGCAUUUUCUGGAAAAACCAAACCCUUUUUGACCCCAGAAAUGGAAAGAGCGAAAAGUUUUACGUUCAGAUAUGACCUUGACCAUUCCAAAAAUUUCAAAAUGGCGGCAAAAUCAAGAGGGCGGACGAAAUUUUAGAAAGUUAACCGAUUGUCACCAAAUUUUGUAUACGGAGGUUUUUGAGGUCGCUGAUCAUGAAUCAGAGGUCAGAUUUUCAAAAUUCAAGUGGUGGGUGGUUUUUUUAAAUUUAAUCAGAGUGGACCAAAUUUGAUAUUUCGUCCGCCAUCCUGAAUUUGGCAAAUUUGACCUCGGAUUCGUGAUCAGCGCCCCCAAAAACCCACGUUUUAAACUUUUGGUGCAAAUCGGAUGAUUUUUAAAAAAUUCGUCCGCCAUAUUGGAUCUGCCAUCUUGAUUUUUAAAUCCGACCUCGAAUUCGUGAACAGCAACCUCGAAAACCUUCGUAUACAAAAUUUACUGACAAUCGGGUUAGCUUUCAUAAAUUUCGUCCGCCAUCUUGAUUUUGCCGUUUUGAAAUUUUUUAAAUGGUCAAGGUCAUAUCUGAACGUAAAAUUUUCCACUAUUUCCAUUUCCGGGGUCAAAAAGGAGGGUUCCCAUUUAAAAAAAUUGGCUUGACCCCAUAAUAAUCACGUGGUCAGUGAUCAUGGCAUGAUUACCAUUGAAUAGCCAGGGAAAAAUCCUAACUUUCCCUAUAUUUGUUUUUUUCGGAAAAUGUAUAUCUUGCGAGAUUUUUUGGGUUCCCAUACUUUUAUGUCACCCUGUAUAUUAGUAGUAGUAGUAAAAGGAGCAGCCUCAGCCUGGCAAUUA